AUGAGCUGCAGAAUUCCCCCGGAUUUCGUUCGAGAUAUGCAGCGCGACCCCAACGGGGGUAGCACGCACCUUGGCAGAGACGGUGUGCUUCGUACAUUAUCUACUGAGUAUCAGGUUGUCGAUGCCAGGGCAUUGAACCCAGAUCAGAUCAAACAAGUGUUAGAUUUUUUACCCAGCGUUAUGGAUAAAGAUGGAUUUGAUGGUGUCGAUGGUACCAAAGUGCCCAAGGAACAAUGGUACAACCCGGCAGAUGGAAUCUUGCCCCAAAAGCCGACCGAUGAGGAGCGAGAAGCGCGAAGAAAGGCAAUAAAAGAAGCGAAUGAGGCACGUAUUCGUGACAAAAAUACUGUAUGA